AUGACAGGUGAAAAGGAGAGGGGAAGAAGGAAAAGUACAGAGAAAGCUAAGAAGUGGCGAGAGUGGGCACCGAUUAUGCGCUUUGUUUCAAACACAACUAAGCAAAGGUUCAGACCAUGGAUUUUUUACCUCCGGCUAGGCAAACGUCAACGAGUGGCUGAAGCGUGGAGGUGGCGACUGCGGACUGCCGACUGGCCGGAGGAUUGGGGAGUCGCGGUGUCGCGACUCCACGCGGUUAGGUCGUUAGGAUUGAAAAAUGUUGUGAAAUGUGUGAAACUUGUGGUUUGUGAAAAAGUGAAGGGAAGGAAAGGAAAGGAGGACUCGAAGAGUGGCAACGAGGUUGAAUGGUCAUCGGUCGAAAAGAGAAGGCAUCGACGGUCGACGUUACGAAUGGAGUCGGGUUGA